UCCCUGGUGGGUGCGUGGGUGGGGUGGCGGUGCAAAGAUGGCGGUGCAGGCUGUGCACUUGGAGGCGGAUGCCUUCCUGGUCUGCCUCAACCACGCGCUGAGCACCGAGAAGGAGGAGGUCAUGGGGCUGUGCAUCGGGGAGGUGGACACCAGCAGAAUUGUUCAUAUUCAUUCUGUGAUUAUCCUGCGCCGUUCAGAUAAGAGGAAGGAUCGAGUGGAGAUUUCUCCGGAGCAGCUUUCAGCUGCUUCUACUGAAGCAGAGAGAUUGGCUGAGAUUACAGGACGUCCCAUGAGGGUUGUGGGCUGGUAUCAUUCUCAUCCACACAUAACUGUCUGGCCAUCUCACGUGGAUGUUCGCACUCAAGCCAUGUAUCAGAUGAUGGACCAGGGCUUUGUGGGGCUUAUCUUCUCCUGUUUCAUUGAGGACAAGAACACAAAGACAGGCCGGAUACUCUACACCUGUUUCCAGUCAAUUCAGGCUCAGAAGAGCUCAGAGUAUGAGAGGAUUGAAAUUCCUAUUCAUGUUGUUCCCCAUGACACCAUUGGCAAAGUGUGCCUGGAAUCGGCAGUGGAGCUGCCCAAGAUCUUGUGCCAGGAGGAGCAAGAUGCAUACAGGAGAAUUCACAGCCUCACCCAUCUAGACUCUGUAACCAAGAUUCACAAUGGCUCAGUGUUCACCAAGAAUCUCUGCAGCCAGAUGUCUGCUAUCAGUGGUCCCCUCCUGCAGUGGCUGGAGGACAGACUGGAGCAGAACAAACAGCGAGUGCAGGAACUGCAGCGGGAGAAAGAGGAGCUCAUGGAAGAACUAGCUGCCCUGGAGUGAAGAGGAAACCCCAGACACUUUUCUUUUUUUUCUUUUUCUGUAAGUCAGUAGGAUUGGACAGGAGUGACGUGUGGCUGAUGUGUGGUCUGUCUUGCCUUUCUAUGAAGAUGCUACUUGUUCCUCUCAUCUCGCUUCUUGUGACAGCUCCAAGAACACUUCCACAAGAUGACCAAGGGCUCACAUCUGUCUCCAGCUAGAUGGGAAAGCCUUGUGCCGCCUAUGUGAAAAGUACACUCUGAGUGCACAAAGGAGCAAUCCAGCACCACGCUCACUAGGGUAAUUCAGCAGCAUGCUCUUGGGAAGAGACCAUAGCUUUAGGAGGGGGAUACGUAGUGAAUUUAUUUGGUUUCCCUCUCCCCUGUUAUUCAACACAAAUCUUUUUCUCUUUUAUAUAUAUUGCUGGGAGCCUAGAGCCAGAAGAUCAUGAGUGGGAUAAUAGCUGCACUUCUGCAGUGAUCAUGACAUCUCUGUUGUAGCAAAUAAAUCAAGCAACUCGCUAGUCAUGGUCAGAGAAGGGAGGGGGGGGCAUGUUAUGCCCUUGACACUGCCAAUUUUGCCUCUUUUUGGUAGCUCCAGUUGACAGGUAGUGGCUUGAUGUCCAGUAACAUUGCCUACUCUUGCACAUGUGCUAGGGUUGGGGUAGAUGCGGCCAAGAUGAAGGGGGCUUAAGGCUUAUGCCUCCUGUAUUUCAAACCAAAUAAAGAAACCCAAAGUGAGGGCAGUCUGAGAGUGGAAAUGAGUUGGAUGCUGCACCAAAUACCAUGUGAGUGCUGCAGUUUGAGUGUUCGGUUUCCUUCAGCCUCUCUCACUGUAGUUGUACACUGGUCACUGAGCUGCUACACACUGUUGAACUGGACUGGAUGGGUGAUGUUAUUUUACAGAGAGGAGUAUGUGAGGAGGGAGUAGCUGUGACAGACAAUGAAAACUUUUCCUUCCUGUGUCCUGAGCGCCAUUGCAGAGGUUUAUUUGCAGUAGUAAUUUUCAACUUCAGUGUUAAAUUACCCUUCACAUUUUCCUCCUCAGUGGGUUUUCAAGCAGGGUUUACCAUCCGCCACCAGCCGCAUAAAUAUCUACCAUUACUGAGGGGAAGCCUGUAUCAAGGGCUCUUGCGUAUCUCAGAGUGAUUCGGAGACCACCUGCAUAUUUGAAAGCUUUCUGUUAAAACUCUUUGUAUUUCUGCUUUUUAAAUUGAAGCCACUAGCUGCUCAGAAAAAAUGGUAUUCACAUUUCAAAAAACAUAAAACUGCACAUAAUACAGGGGCCCUCCUGCUGCAUAUAGCACUCUAUAGCAUGCCUAUAAUUUAUCUUGCCACUUUGGGUGGCCCAUUAAUUAAAUUGUAGUCAGUUUGAUAAAACAGGUUAAAGGUAUUCUUACAAUUAAAAGCUACUGCU